UUUCUACCUUUUUUUUCUAGGUCGUUAACGUCGAGGUCGCUUUAAAUUGUGUGUUUGUUUUUAUUUGCGUUUUUUUUCUUUAAGGAAAUGUAGAAGAGUGCGCCAGUGAAAUGUCUUCAAGUUUUGAGUCUGUGGUGUGCUUUGUUGUGACGUGAGCUUCAAUCGAUUUCGCACAGAGUUGAAAUCGAGUAAAUUAUCUGCUGAAAAGAAAAUGAGAAAGUGCUAAAGUUUCAAGUGUCUGGUGGAUGGGAAAGAAAAAUCUCCCCACAAAAAACGAAGAAAAAUGUUGCAAAGUUUGAUUGUCGGGAAAAGUUUCUAACACGAAGAAAAUUUAUUUAGUGAAAGUAGAAAAGAAGCUCAAACAAAGUUUGCCGGAGUCGAUCGGAAACACAAAACGCAAAAGUAAUUGCUGUUUUGUUCUGAGCGAAACCUCCCCCCUGGGAGGGGGGGUCAUCCUCCGACCUCGUGUGUGGGAGGCACGUGCGUCGUUUCGCACGAAUUGCGAGUUAGAUAGAUAGUAAGAAGAAACAAAGGAAAAGGACAACGAAGAGGUCUGGUGGCCCGGCCCCACCAGCCCUCCCCGUGAAGGCGCCAAACUGUUACUCUGCGGUUGUUAUAUUUUCGAACGGGGUGCCAAAGAUAGCAGUACGGAAGGUCUCAGGAGUGCCCUAGCCCGUCUCCGUAACAGGUCGGGCCCACUCCCUAACCCUUCCGCUCCUGAAAAUACUGAAAGUGUCGAACGGGCGUCGUCGUCUUCUUCUCCGUCGUCCCGAUGUCCCCCGCGAGAAGGCAAUAGCUCCAGAUCACCAGUUCCAACACCAGCACCCCCUUCCACGCCACGGAAAACCAAAGUGCCACACCACAGUGCAAUGACAGUGUCCGUAACGCAGCCCCAGCCACCGAUGGAUAUUGCCUGCUGUCCGAGCAGUCCGGGAACGUCUGGCGGCGGGACAUCAUCAAUGGCGACGACGACGACGGCACCACCGACCUCCCGACCCUCUUCCGUGGUUUCCCCGGGCCAGCGCUCGACCAGUCCGGCCAACUCGAGCGGCGGUUCUUCGGAAGCGGACCCAUCGGCCACCGCUGGCACCCCACCCUCCUCGUCCUCGUCCUCCACGGCCACCAAUGCGAGCACGGCCCUCCGGAGGUUCUACUUCCAGAAGACCCGCAUCAGCAAGUCCCCGAAGGCGGCCAGUAUCGCCGGAACCGGUCCGCCUACGGUAGCGGCGUCUUCCGGUUCCGUCCCGAAGGUGGUCGUCAUGGGAUCGUCCACCACGUCCGAAGCGACCAUCAACACCUCGACCGACUCGGCGUCGACGCACGUGACCAACGUCACGGUCACCACCGACACCGAGACGAACGACUCGAUCGAUUUAGGUGAGGGUUCCGGCCAGAGCGAACCGCUGCUGAGCUCGCUGGACGACGAAAGCUCCAGCAUCGUGAUGAACCAGAGCUUCGGUGACGGGGACGACGAGAACAUCACCGUCAUCAACGGUGGGCCGGACACUCCGCUGCUCAUAAGCUACCAGGAACUCGAGGACCUGUCCCCGCGAUCACCGCGAACCCCCAAGCCCUGCCGCACUGCCCCAGUAGCCUCGACCACGCGCUUCCCCUUCGAUCCGCCCCCGUCGCCCCGAAGCGUCCGGAUCCUGCCCAAAACGGCCGGCCACAGUGGUGGCGCCCAGCACGAGUCCAUGUUCAACUUUGACGAGUCGCCGAAUCCGGUGCGUCGACCUCCGCCCAAGAUGGCAUCGCCGGGCGAGUUCCACCAUCCGGAGGUUACGCUGCACGGGAAGGAUGGCAACAAGGAGAACAUGGCCGGGACGCCGACCAAGCGGGGCAGUCCGUACAAAUCCCGCAAGGAGCGGUUCAUGCAACAACAACAGCAACAGCAUUACGGCAAACAGCAGAGUGGGAAGCCGCUGAACUCGGCACCGGCGGCUAGCUGUCAAAAGGGCGGCCAAACUUACGAUCCGAACAUGACCAUGUUUCCGUUCGACCGGGAAGCGAUCGACUACGACCGGAUCCAGCGGGAGUGCUUCGCCGUGGAGGAAGAGUUCCCGUUCGAGCGGAAUCGUGACGACUACUGCUGCGAAUCUCCGUCCCGGGCCAACAUGGACUCGGAGAUCUUCGGCGAUCACUACUCGAUCUUCCAGCAGUACGCGUACCUUACGCAACAGGAGCGGGACGCCCUGGAACGGACGCCAUCCAAACGGAACAAAAAAGACCGCAUUGACGCCUUCUCCCCAAAGAAACAACCGCAGCCGCCGCCACCCCAACUGUCACCCCAGCGAAUGUCCAAGUUCGACCAAAUCGCCACCAAGUUCGACAUGAUGCCCUCGAAGCACGAACUCAUGACCAAGGGCCGAUCGAAACGGACAUCCGUUAGCGGUGGUGGCGGCGGCGGUCUUCCGGAUCUCCGGGUGGACUUUUUCGCCGAAACGUCAUGCUGCGACAACCUGACGGCGGCGGCUGGUUCCGAUGGAGCCGCCGGCAAGACGCAUGCGCCGUCGCAGCCUGCUGGAUCAAGCCGAACGGCGGCCGAAGUCGCCGGAGCAGGCGCGUUGGCGACCGGUGCUAUAAAUGUUACGCCGAAUCCGAUGGACAGCGCAGUCUGCACGCAACCUCGGGCGACAAUAGUCGUACAGCAACCCUCGCUCAGCCUGGACUACUCGUCGGUGGAGACGAUUCUGCUCAAGAACGAGGGUGACUUCAUCAGUGUCGAGCAGGGCAAGGAGCUGUCGCGGAAGAAGAAACAGCAGCAGCGCGAGGAUAACAUGCGCCAGCUGCUGGACGUCACCAACACGCUCACCACGGAGGAAAUCAAGGACUUUGAGAUGCGAUACGGCAGUCCACACCACAGCCGGUCCCAGUCGGUCAAAACGCCGGGCAGUCGAGCAUCAGGACGGCCAAAUCAGCUAUGUCUGCCACAGCAGCGAUCCAGGGUGGCAUCGAUGCCCAACACCGGCGUCGAGGAGGAGUACUACAGACUGAGGCACUUUAGCAUCACCGGCAAGGGGGUGGUCAACCGGGGCGAUUCGCUCAAGAGCCGCCGCAGCAAGUCCAACAACAGUGUUGCCAGUUCGAACUCGAGCACCGAACACCUGACGGCGGUUGGGGCCGGUUCCGCGCGGACAUCGGCCACCUGCAGUCUGGCAUCGAGCCGCGAGAGCAGCACCUCCAACCCGGCCGCCGGCCCGUACAAAGUGCUAAUGCUGGGAGGUGCCGCCGUCGGAAAAAGCUCAUUAGUGUCGCAAUUUAUGACGUCCGAGUACCUGCAUGCAUACGACACUAGCAUAGACGACGAUUCCGGUGAGAAGACCGUUUCCGUCCUGUUGAGUGGUGACGAGUCCGAAAUAACCUUCAUCGACCACAGCUACAUGGAGAUGACGCCCGAAAACUGCAUGUCCUCGUACGAUCCGCACGGCUACUGCGUCAUCUACUCGUCCUCGGACCGGUCCAGCUUCCAGAUCGCCGAGGAGAUCCUGCAGGUGCUGUGGACGUCGGAGAACAUCGCCCAGAAGGCGGUCAUUCUGGUGGCCAACAAGGCGGACCUGGCCCGCAGCCGGAUGGUGACCUCCGAUGAGGGCAAACAGAUGGCCACCCAGUACGACUGCAAGUUUAUCGAAACCUCCGUCGGAAUCAACCACAACGUGGACGAGCUGCUGGUCGGGCUGCUGUCGCAGAUUCGGCUCAAGCUGGAGAACCCGGAAAAGUCGCGUGACCUCUUCCGGAAGCGCUCGAUCCGCAAGUCCAAACGACGUGCCUGUUCCCCGCUGGGCGGUGCCAUCUGUCUGUCCGGCAUGGGCGGCGGCACGAACCCGAGCACUCCGGUGGCGGCCACUCCGUCCUCGGCGAGCGGCGGAGGCAUCGGGGGCAUCGGUGGCGGCGGCGGCGGAUUUUCCGUCGAAACUCCGCCCGGAAGUGCCCACAGCAGUCCACGCAAGUACCGCGGCUCGCGGACGUCGGCUAGCCUCAAGGUUAAGGGACUGCUCGGCCGGGUCUGGGCCCGGGACUCCAAAUCCAAGAGCUGUGAAAAUCUCCACGUGCUGUAAACAUGUCGAUGUGUUGUACCACCCUAAGUUGAUGUGCGUGUGUGUGUGCGUGUGUGUGUGUGUGAACAAUCGGUGUGGUGGGUGUAAAAAUUCCUCAUUUAUUCUAAAAAGAAAAAAAAACAAGUAAUAAAACCAAAAAACGCAACAGUAUCGGUUUCCAUGGAGAGAAAAAAAUACUCACAUUACAAGAAGCAAAACAAACCAGACUCAAAAAUAGGCUAAGUUAUAGUUCCGAUCGUUUUUUCGUACGUUUAGGGUGAUGAUGACUUGAAUCAGAAAUUUGCAACUAAUGUAAGCAACCAAUCGGUAUUAUGCAAAACAAAGAAAAAGCAGAAUGAUUUUAAAAUUGUAAAAUUGAGCACACACUCUAAGUAAGUGAUUUCGUUAGUGACUAAGUUAAAUUAAGUGAGCGGAACUCAGAACAGAGAAUGAUCCUUUUUGGAAAUGUGAACGUCUGUGUUUACUUGUCUCUCAAUUUUUGUACAAUUUUUUAUAUAUUAGAUUUUACGUUGCCUGAAAGUUACAGCUAAGUUUUUUUACUCCUUCGUUUUGAUAAAACCCCACAAACACAAACACACCCUCCACUUUACACAACUCAAGCCACAAACAAGCAUUUAUAAACCACCCGAUCGAUCAAAAGUAGAAAUAAAAAAAUCUCUCAAA